AUGGGCUAUAUGAGUCCGUUUUAUCCACAGGAUGACAUCUUGGAGGUGCUACUGAUCGAUACUAGUACCGAUGAAGACAUAUGCAUCAGCUCGGAACUGAUUAAAUCGGGCCACGCCGACCCGAGGCCCGAUUCCUGCCUCGGGACGUCGGAGUGUUACCUGUACCCGAGGUUCGAGGCACUGGAAAACGGUGACACGCCCAACUACGCCGAGAUCCACAGCUAUCUACGCGACGGCAUCGCGCUCGAGUUCGUGGAAGAAUACCGGCGCCACGUGCCGUCUUGCUUGCCGCGCCCCGCCGACCCGCCCACUCCUCCUACGCCCCCCACACCUCCCACACGCCAUAUACCUCCCAACACGGACCACUCACCCCCCACCGCAACCUCCGCGUCAGCCGCGACGCCGAUAAACGUUCAGAACCGCGUGCCGCUGUUCGCGUCAAGGUCCGAGUCGUCAUGCGAGAGCGGCCCGAGCCCCGCCCUGCCCCGCCGCGCGGUCGCGCCGCUGCCCCGUCCCGCGCAGUAUCCGCUAAUUUCCCAAAAUUCACAACAUUCCCAACACCCAUUACAUACACAACAUCCCCAACACCCACAACAUCCCCAACACCCACAACCUCCCCAACACCCACAACAUCCCCAACACCCUCAACAUCCACAACACCCGCAACUUCCCCAACACUCACAACAACCCCAACACGCACAACGUUUCCAACACCCACAACAUCCCCAACACCCACAACAUUCUCAACACCCACAACAUCCCCAGCUGCCACAAAAUCUCCAACAUCAACAUUCUCAACAUCCCCAACACUCACAACAUCCCCAACACUCACAACAUCCCCAACACUUACAACUUCCCCAACACUCACAACAUCCCCAACAUCAACACAGUCCACAAUACCCGCAACAAACAGUUCGCUCUACGUCAUAUCACACGGUAAACUUUGCACCGCCCCCAUCCAGUCAAACGUAUGCUUCCCACCACUCCAAUUCACAAGACUCUCUUUCUUACACCGACAACACUCCGAGGGGCGUCGCUCCACCUCAAAUCCCCCACAACGUCAUCCUCUCCGCGUCUGAAUGCGAGAUCUACUACCUCCUCAGCAAAGUGGACUCGAACGCGGCCCACCGGUACAUGAUGGACGCCAUCAGCAGAGCCAUGGCAUCUAUUUCUGUUUCUACGUCUCGUCUCAACCCCGAGGCGGCCGAGUUUCAAAUGGUGGCCGCGCAAACGCAAACAGAAAUCCCAGUCGAACAACUGAUCACAUUAAGUCCCGUUAACCAAAAUAAAACUAAAACUGUGGAGCCGGCUGUUAGAAGGUUCAUUGAGACUGUACAAACAGGACCGCAAACUUGUAUUCGACCGCCGCCCGGCUUCGAAAAUAUGUAA